ACGCCUGCAGAACGCUUCGCGCACCCGAUCAGUCAACACUUAAAACAUGUGACUGGACGUGAAGUUCCCGCAAUGCAACUUUAUUGAAACUACAACCUCCUUUCAGAGGCUCUAAAGCAAUAUCUUCUAGUUUUAAAUAGUUUAGUUCUUUGUAAGUUUAACUUCGUUUGUGCUCGGGCUAUGUUUAAGAUGCAUCCUAUUCUGCUUCCUAUAAUUCUCCUUACAACAGUGACCCUGUCAUCAAGCAAUGUACUACCAAUAUUGGCCAUAAACAAGUUUGACGCAGAAUCACCUAUUGAAGACCAAAAUACAGACAAUACUUUUAAACAUCAGGUGAAUCCGGACAUAGUUUAUAAAGUUUUUAUCGGAACACCGAAAGACAAUCUACCGAAAAAAUCACAAUUAUCACGUCUCAAGACAUUUGACAACGAUAUAGAUCAGAUCCUUUCCAUUUUUGAAGACAUCGAUAAUGAUGAAAAUAGCGAGGGAUUUAGAAAAGAACAGUGGCAUAAUUACCCGAGGCAGCUCGAUCGACUUAAUAAAAACAUUAAUGAGCAAUCGGAAAAGCUUCCGGACGAUAUUGAUAUUGAAAAAUGGAAAACGGCUAAGAAAAGCGACGAAGUAGAUGAAAAUAAUCACGAAGAUAUCCUCGAACGCUAUGAUUCAGGCAUCCUAGACGGUCCGCUGUUUAUUCUGAAAAUACGUUUAGCAUAUUUAACAAACAAUAUGAACCAGAAAAAUGAUAAAAAAUACUUACCUUCUGAUAUACUAUUGAAUUUAUUAAAUCGAAAAAACGAGGACACAGACGAUCUCGGAGAAUAUAAUAGCGUAAGUCCAAAUGAAGUUGCAUCCGUUACUAAAGCAAAAAGGAAGGAAAUGCCAAGAGAAGAUCCUCAAUUUGCAGAAAAAAUACUCACUGAAAACAAAGCAAUAAAGAAACGAAUAUUUUCAUUAUGGAGUCGACUUCAGAGCCUGUCGCACAGAGGUCACGAGCUUCAGCAUCGCAGACAUUUAUACGCCUUCUACGGUCUUCCAGAAGACGGUGGCGGCACCCUGACCGCAGAAACCAGAGCCACCUUCAUGAGACCUCCGGGAUCGCCGUUGAGAUGGGGCUAAAAAUGUUCUUACAACAUCGAUCACCGAAAUUCUGACCUCGUACUGACGUAACGAUUUUAAUGCUUCCUCAAUAGUGAAUAAUUAUAAUAAUCUUUUAUGUUUGUUCGUUUCUAAUCAAGUAGGCGUCGUUAAGAAGCUGAAUAGUACAAUAAUGUGACCAAUAUUUGUAAGAGUUUAUUUAUAUUGCAUUAUUCUUUCUUCUUUUUUUUACUCGAAUAACCAAUGACUAACAUUUAACCAUUGAGAAUAUUAAACUGACGUAAAACUAUUUAACCAUAGAAUAUUGUAUUGUAAAAAAAAAAUACCUCCAUAAGUAGUGAACAAUACCUAAUACUAGUAAAGGAUUAUUAAGAAUAAAGUAGAUGGCUCAUGUUUAUUUAUCGCUUCAUAUUAGAUAUCAUAAUAAUAUAUAAUUUUGAAGAAAAUAUAUGAACAUGUGUUCCUAUAUGCUAUAAUAUUAUAAAGAUGUAGAUUUCUAUAUAGUCACAAUCUUCUUCAAAUAUUUAUUACAUUAAACAAAUAUAGCUUAGUCGUAACGUGUAAAUAAAUCAAUGUCACCAUGAA